AUGGAGUUUCCUUGGAAAAUCAGGUAUUUUGCAGUUGUUGAUUUGGACAAAGUAGUAGAGGAAGGUCAUCAAGACGAGAGGAUAUUAUACACUUUUAGAAAGAUCGAAGAGACUGCUGUUGUAGUUUCUUUAAAUCAUAUUGUUUCCUACAUCUCUAUAAUUAAAAAUUUCAAGUCUAAUGUCUCAACAAUUCGAACGAAAUGGGUCACUACAUAUGUAUCUUAUGUCACUCCAUCAAUAUCAUAUAUAUUGCAAUUGGAACAAGUGAAUAAAUCGUUUGACAUCCACGUCUUGAAGUACUUGAAAUUUAUAGAAGAAUCAUAUAGUCUGACAUAUGGAUACAUGUACAAUAAAGUGGAAGCUAAAAUCACACUUGGAAUCUUUUUCCAAAUAGUUUUUCAAUCGUUUAAGAUUAAUGACAUAUUUUACUCGUUAUACUCCAUUAAAUCAUGUGUGGCUGCUCAAAAUUCGUUUCUCUUUUUAUCAAGUAAAAUGAAUGUACUUCGAGAGAAAUACAGUACCUUCAAAACGUGUUUUAUAGCAAACGAAAAGUCCAUUCUAUUCACUGAAAUGCCUUCACAACACCAACUUAAGUUUUUUCAAUUGACAAGAGGAUACACACAACACACUUCCUCGUUAUCAUCUUUAAUGCUCAAUAGAUGGUUGUUCUCAAAGAAACAUUGUCCAUUGUAUAUGGAGGCAAAUGCGAAUGCCCCAGACAUUUUCAUUGACACUUUCAUAUCAUCACACCCACUUUCAAAAACUUCAAAAGAACGAAUUGUAUUUCUAUUAAUAUUCAAAUCAGAGAAACAAGUGGAUAACAAUUUUUAUAAAGAUUUCAAUAUAAAACAAAUUGUUGGGAUGGUGCACUCUUCCCGGUCUUCCAUUGUUUUCACCCCCUCAAUUAACUCACUGAAAUCAACCUUUUUGAACUUCGAUGGAAACUUGUUUGUAUCCGACUUUCAGUGCAAAAUAUUCGAAGAAUUGUUUCUCCAAACAAUGAGAAACAUUGAAUUCACUUACACUUUUAAGAACUGCCAAACACUGUUAAUGAUAUUUGAAAGUCACAUUGUCGUUGUGCGAAAAACAAAGAGGAACUUGACUUUACAGAGAUUUGUAUUAGAUAAUAUGGAGCAGAUCGAGACUGCCAUGACCUCCUUUGAAAACUUGUUGUUAACUUCUUUUGUAUAA